AUGAAAAUUUUAAUUGAAUUUCUUAUUUUGAAACAUGUAGAAAAAUUAAGAACUAGAGAUGCCGCCGAAGACGUACAAAGGAUCCUUCCCAGGUUUAUCGAGUUGGACUCUAGAAGUUUAAGCAAAGUGUUCACAACACUAUUGAGAUCACAUAAUAUUGAUUCGGUGAAAGGAUAUCAACCUUUAAAUUAUUUUGCUAGUUUCCAUAAACAUUUCAUCAUUAGUUCAGUAAACUUUGUUAGUGUAGAAGCAUUAGCCGCAUCAACCUCACGAAAAUUUAUGGGUUGGGUAAAAGAGAAAUACACUAUUAAUGCAUGUGCGCAAGCAAAUAUAGCCAAAGCUAAAAUAAAAGCAGCACCAAAAUCCUCUUGCAAUUCUGCGUAA